AUGGGUGAGAGAGAUCGCGUCGACGUGCCGACACCCAUUAACCAAGAAGAGUGGCCGAUGCCGAUGUCGAAAGAUGCCAACCUCCACCUCAUCCGGACGGAGGCGUUGAACCUCCGAGCAGAACAUGUAUGGUUGGAUGAUCUGUGUUUGAGGUAG